AUGUCACAUCAAUUACACAAUGCCGUGUCUCGCACCGGCAUCGAUUCAGAACUCUUCGUCGGCGUAGUUGGAUCUGCUUCCCUCUGCGCGAAACUUUACAAGGACCUGGAGAACUACCAGGAGAGCGCUGUACUGUCAAGCGCUCAUCUCAUGUAUCUGGAGAAGGAGUUCAGGUUGAUGUGUACAGCAUUCACGGUGAUUGCUGUUGUUUUCCAAGAGCAACAGUCCUUGUGGACACGUUCCGCGACCACAACGAUAGAACGCGCACAGGACCAAUGCCUGAAAGCCGCUUCAUUCUUCGAUGGCCUCGACGUGAAGAACAAUCCAAUUAGCGUACUUCCGUCUGAGCCUCUUUAUCGCGAACUGCAUACGCUGUCGAAACGUAUGCACGAGCAGAGGAUCAGCCUUUGCUUGCUAGCGGGCGUACUUGGCCUUUUGAGAUUUGGACCUUUGGUACAUGGUUCUGAAGAAGGACCCAGGGCUGGUGAUCUGGCCGUGUAUCGGGAAAGAUGCUUUGCCGAGGUUCGCGAGCGUCUAAAGCUCCAACAGGCGUCUUGCAGAGAACUGUGCAAGGAUCUGCCGAAGAGUGAAUCUCGUCAGGACGAUAUAGCUGGAGUGCAACCUGAGAAACUUUCGGAUGACCUCUCUACCACGCACUCUACCACGGGCGUCUCUACGCCUGCUGAGGACUGGAGCGAUAUCGGCAGUGAUGUGACGAAGACCGACCAUACUUCUGAAAUCGCCGUGAAAAACUUGCAAUUCUGCGAGGGUCUUAUCGAGACAAUGAACAACAAGAUAAAGAAACUCCAGACCUUCGCUUGCGACUCUGAUCCCGUCAGUGCCGAGCGUCGUGAGGCGUUGCACAGAUUGAUCGAUGAAUUUGUCUUCGAAGUGCUCCACGUCUUGAAAGCACCAAUACCGUUCCAAAACCACGAUGAUACUGACUCUGAACAUGAUUCUCAAUCUGACUCUGGAUCGAUUCCAGAGCACAUCCUGACAGAGCUCGACUUAGAGCAUUGUCUAGACGUGAUAAGGGAUUUUGAAAGUGUUGUGGAAGAGAUUCAAGAGCAGCCUGAUCAAGGAAACUGCUGGGUGCUUGUCAAACCACACAAUGUCAAGCAUUUGCAUGCUGCCUAUGGCAGGCUUGUCUUCAUUCUGCUAGACUGGGCGCCUGCGCCGUUCCAAAAAGGCUGUCCCUUCUCUGAUCCUGGUCAAGCACGAAAGCCGCGCGCGGUUGAAGAAUGCCCUCAGAGGCCAGCAUGGGCUGCGAGGAAAUACCCAGACAUAGAUCGCGAGGAGGUUGUCGAGAGCGCAUCCUCCAAGUUCAUUGACCAGGAUCUCCAGAAGAUCAUUGAGCUCAUGUCUCCCGAUCUUACCGAUAAGGAGAUCACGAAGCUGGUCUUCUUUUGGACCAGCUUGGACGAGUUCAAUGGUAUCAAGCGUGAGGAUGUGAUGUAG